GCUUAUUUGUAUACAGCUGUAGUGUGCAACACGUGCGUACUCGUGGACACAUGUAUCACUGGUACAUUCGCCGUUUUUAUCCUAAUUUUUGGCAACAUGGGGGUCCACGAUAACGCGGAUUCGAAAUAUAUCGUUAUGGGUAAUUCGAAUUUUUCGAAAUUAGCACCAAAACGUCCUACUACCGUGGUAUUCAACGACAGCCCGAGCAAAAUUCCAAAACACGAAGAUAAUCAACAAAACGUUCAGACAGAAAACGUGGAUAAAGGAAGCAUUACUUUACAACAACAAAGGAAAUCUUUACCAGUCUAUAGGCUUCGGAAGCGGCUGCUCGAAGAGAUCCGCAGGAACAGCACUCUGAUCAUAAUCGGGGAGACGGGGAGCGGGAAGACGACGCAAAUUCCUCAACUGCUGCUCUCGUCCGGCAUAGCGGGCGGUAGCGGUUGCAUAGGCAUCACGCAACCGCGCAGAGUGGCAGCUGUGAGCGUUGCUCGCAGAGUUGCCCAGGAGCAGGGCGUGGAGCCCGGCAAAUUGGUCGGUUACUGCGUGCGUUUCGAAGACGUAACGUCAUCCCAAACGAGGAUCAAGUAUCUGACCGACGGGAUGAUGGUCCGGGAGGCGAUGACCGAUGAGAUUUUAUCGGAUUAUUCGGUGGUGAUCCUGGACGAGGCGCACGAACGAUCGGUGCAGACCGACGUGUUGUUGGGGGUGGCGAGGAGGGCGCAGAAUUUACGAAAGCUGAAGAACCUGCCGCCGUUGAAGCUGCUCGUUAUGUCGGCCACGAUGGACGUGGACAAGUUCGCCAAGUAUUUCCAAGCACCGGCCGUCUAUUUGGAGGGUCGUCAGCAUCCGGUGAAGAUAUAUCACGCCGUCAAGUCGCAGGAGGAUUACGCGUUCUCCGCUCUUGUCACGGCCUUCCAGAUUCAUCGCGACAACCCCGCCAACGAGGACAUCCUUGUCUUUUUAACCGGCCAAGAGGAGAUAGAGGCCGCGGCGGUGAGCGCGAGGCAAGUGGCCAAACAGCUGGACGGCCAGGGUUAUCCGUCGUUGAAGGUGUUCCCCUUGUAUUCCGCUUUGCCCACGCAUCAGCAGUUGGAAGCGUUUAAACCGUCCCCACCCGGGAUGAGGAAGCUCAUCUUGUCCACGAACGUGGCCGAAACGUCCGUCACCAUCGGUGGUGCGUAUACCGAGAUGUCGAAUAAUCGCGUCAUUCCUAAAAACCGCAGUUCCAUUCGAGCAGGUUCACCACCACAGCUGACUACUCUCGGAAGGACGAUGUCCCUGUUCCCAUUGGAUCCGCGAUUCACCAAGGUGAUUCUCGCAUCUGUGGAACAUCAGUGCCUCGAAGAAGCCCUCACCGUUGUCUCCUUAUUGUCGGGAGAGUCUGUUUUCACCGACCCGCCCGCGAAAAGGCAGCAAGCUUACGUCGCCAGAUCAAGAUUCGCCUCACCCGAGGGAGACCACGUCACGUUGUUGAACGUUUUUCGGGGCUACACGAACACGAAGCAGAAAAAGGUCUGGUGCCACGACAACUUUCUGCAUCACAGGAAUCUGGAAUACGCGGUGGAGGUGCGACACCAGCUCGCCGCGUUAGCGGAACGAGCGAAUUUGGAGAGGGCAAGCUGCGGAGCGAGCACCGACCGGCUGAGGAAAGCCCUCCUCGAGGGCCUCCAUGAUAAUCUCGCCGAAUUGCAGAGGGAUCAGACUUACGUUACGGUGAACUCGAAGCAGCCGGUCUCUAUACAUCCUUCCUCCACGUUGCACGGCAGCAAACCACCGUUAAUAUUGUUCACGGAGGUUAUAGCCACGGGGAGAUGUUAUAUCCGCGGUUUGUCCGUCAUUGACUCCUCGUGGUUGACCGAAAAAGGCUUCAACACAGCUGGGAAACACGACUAGAGGAGGGGAAAAAGAUUAGGUAAUUGCGAUUCAACCUCUUUUUUUUUUUUUAACGUUUCGAUCGUUUUUUAAUCGAGAGGAAUUGACACGACUUGUUUUUAUACCCUGUACAGCUCUUUAAUAAAAGCGAUGGUUGUCUUAACGUUUUAUAUAUAUUAUUUUAUAUA